AUGAAAAAUAACGAUGAAUAUUACAGUAUUAAUUGUUACAUUAAUAAAUACUACAAUCAAAUUUGUCGAAUGUUACAACUAAAAAUUGAUCAACGAAAAAAAGAUAAUUUAUUUGUAAAUUAUUAUACUAUUUAAUCAGUUAUUUAAUAGAAACGUACGUUAAUUAAAUACAGUUUACAAUAUCAUGAACGGUCGAAGAAUGGAGAAUGAAAAUUUUACGUAGAUAAUAUAAACACUUCAUACAAAUCACAGAAUGACAUGCUUACAUCACGACUUCUAACACUCAACUAACCCUUCGCGCAACAGAUUCUUAUUGUCAAUUAAUUUGGUGGAGUGGGGGAAGAGAUUGAUCUUAUAGUACAUAGAAUGAAUUCAACUGAUAUAUGGAAAAACAUGUCCCAAUAUAUUUAUAACUAACUUGGGAUAAAAAAUAACUAAGGAUUUUUCUAAUUCUUUAUUAAAUAACAAAUGAUAUAAUAAAAGUAUUUUGUAACUUUAUUUUUUAAACUUCCGUUUGAAUUUUAAGUCUCAGUUUUACGUUUCAUUAAUUUAAUAAAUUUAAUUUUUUUAAUUUAGUAAUAUAAUGCUUCUUCAUGCCUAAAUAAUUUUACAAAUCGCAAAGAACGUAGAAAACACUCUGAUUCUUUUCGAGAUCUUUAUUUCAGAAUGUGAAACACAAAGUAUCAUAUUCUAAUCUCAUAUUUAUAUAACAUAUAAUAUAUAAUAUGAAUAUGAUAGUUAAUGCUUUAUUUAAAUUAUGCAUUUCUAAUUGCAUUUUUAUGGCAUUUUAUAUCUAAAUGAAAUAAAAUAUAUUGUUCAGUAAUAUACGAUAUUUUUAGUUUUUUUUUUAUUCUUUAACUCUAGAUUUUAUUCAAAAUACAAUGAGAAUAAAUAAUAAGUACUACGUAACCAUUAUGAAAAAAUUAUGAACCGUUUCAUUAAUUUAUUAAUAUUAUAUUAUAUUCAAUCAAAAUAAAUAUAUUAUUUAAUUAGUGAAAUUCAUCUAUAUUACUUAAAUUUUAUUUAAUAUUUUAAUCAUAAUUUUAGAAAUUGUAUUAAUAUUGAAUAAAGCAGUAAAAGGCGCCAGAAGAUCUUCCACAAUAAGUGUCUUACUAAUAUUUUAAAAAUUUAAAUAAAGUUGAAAUAGAAUAGAAUAGAAAUUUAAAUAAAAUCCAUUAAGCACUGUUUGUGCAUUAAAUGCAAAAUUACAUCUAUUUAAAAUUGACGAUAUUUUUGAUAUCUAUUUGUGAGAAGAAUCUAACCUAUCUUAUGUCAGUCAAUUUACUGUCAUUUUCAAAGAUGAAAAAUCAAUUGAUCAUAUUAAAUAAUUAAAAAUAAUAUUUAUUGCGAUGUGUGCGACAAAAUUUUUCAAUGAAUAAAUCCUAUUUAUUGUAUUGUUUUAGUUAUAAAAUAUGUAAUAUGUAAAUGUAAGUCUGUGACAUAAACAUUUCAUUUUCUUAUAAAAUAUAUUUCUUAUAAAAUAUUUAUCAAAUAAAACAAGACUGUCUAUAAUUUAAAAUUAAAAAUGAGUCAAGAAAGCCAAAUUGUUAUAAAUCUUUACCUUAUUAUAUCAAACUAACAUAAAUCUGGAGAUGAUUGUGAUAAAGAUAUGUGGCAUGCAUACAAUGUUAGUAAAUUAAUUUUUACAUAAACAAUACCUUCUGAACAAUAAUAAAAACAACAUGAUGAAUUAAAUUUUCAGAAAUUUUGUGAACAUGAUUUGCACCCAAUAUGGAUCAAUGAAAAAGAAUGUAGUAAAAUUAAAUCUGACAAAAAUGAUGCCUUUAUAAUAGAAAAAUUUGAAAGUGACACAUUUAAUAAAUUAAGAACAUUUAAAUGUCUGUAAGUAGAAGUUCAAUAUCAUGAUAUUAAAUUAAUUGUCAUUGAUUUUAUAAAAAUAUUAGGCAAUAUUAUAUUAUUUUUACAGCAUGGUUGGAUCAAAAUGUUUGCUAUUUUGUUUCAUUAAUGGAAAAUCCAGAUGGAACAAGUUCAGUGUUUACGACAGUAAUGAAAGGUCUUUGUAUAUGUGCUUCUGGAUUAUUUCCAAGAGGAAAAGUAUACAUUAAGAACUAUUGUUGAUAUUUUAAGUGAAAAUAAUUUUAUUACAGGAUCAUGUUCAAAAAUUAAUAGUUCAUCUAGUUUUAUUAAGGUAUGUAAUUUCAAUUAUGUAGUACUUACUUUUAUUACUAUUCUAUUACUGUUUAUUUGCUACUAGCUUCAUUUAAUUAAUACAUGUUUAUUUGAUAAUGUAUCAAUUAGAACCAUUAUGAAAUUAGAUAGUUUUUGAAAUAUUGACUGUUCAGAUUACCAAUAGUUUAUAUUAUACAUAUAUCAUUUAUAUUAUACAUGUAAAUUUUUGAGACAGAAUUCAAUGUUUAAUUAGUAUUUUAUUUUAAUAUAAAAAAUGGAAUACAUUUAUUCUAAAUACAUAUUUGGUAAUCUUUACAGAUUACUAAUUUAUUGUUGAUAUGGAAAGAACAAAGAUUUGAGAAUAUUGAACUGAUGAUUCAACGAAUCAAUAUUUAA